GCGCAGUGCUCUGAGGAAGUCGUAUAGAUUGCUUGGUAUUGUAGGCUAUACUCUCGCUCACACAUUGGAGCUUUUUACAGAAUUGAAGAAGACUAUCUACAUGCUUUAUGCAUGGAUUGACAACCACGUUUCUGGUGUGAAAGAAGGGGACGAGUCCAGAAAAGAGACUCUUUCUUGAAUCCUGACCCCAUACACCUCCAGACAACAUUGUCUAUUUCAAGUGUCACCGAAAAAACAGUCCCAAGACCAAAGCCAUGCCCUGCGUUCAGGCUCAGUAUGGGUCAUCACCGCAAGGAGCCAGCCCCGCUUCGCAGAGCUACAGCUACCACACCGCUGGAGAAUACAACUGCGACUUCUUAACACCUGAGUUUGUUAAGUUUAGUAUGGACCUGACCAACACUGAGAUCACAGCUACUACUUCUCUCCCUAGUUUCAGCACAUUCAUUGACAACUAUAGCACCAGUUACGACGUUAAACCGCCCUGUCUAUAUCAAAUGCCGCAUUCUGGAGAGCAGUCCUCCAUCAAAGUCGAGGACGUCCAGAUGCACAGCUACCAUCAGCAGAGCCAUUUGCCACCUCAGUCGGAAGAGAUGAUGGCCCACUCCGGGUCAAUUUACUUCAAACCCUCCUCACCUCACGCCCCAACCACACCAAACUUCCAGGUUCAGCCCAAUCACAUGUGGGAGGACCCUGGGUCCCUCCACAGUUUUCACCAGAACUAUGUGGCUGCGACCUCUCAUAUGAUAGACCAGCGCAAAAACCCGGUGUCAAGGCUGUCACUAUUCUCCUUCAAACAGUCCCCUCCUGGUACCCCUGUGUCGAGUUGCCAGAUGCGAUUCGAUGGUCCACUGCACGUCUCCAUGAACCACGACAACCCAGGGGCACACCGAGGCUUAGACAGCCAGAGCUUCGCGGUACCCAGUGCUCUAAGAAAACAGGCCGGCUUAGCCUUCCCCCACUCCCUUCAGCUCGGCCAUGGACACCAGUUGAUGGACAGCCAAGUCCAUUCGCCCCCGUCCCGCGGUUCACCGUCAAACGAGGGUCUGUGCGCAGUGUGUGGGGACAACGCUGCUUGCCAGCAUUAUGGAGUGAGAACCUGCGAGGGUUGCAAAGGAUUUUUUAAGCGCACUGUUCAGAAAAAUGCUAAAUACGUGUGUUUAGCGAACAAAAAUUGUCCUGUCGAUAAACGCCGAAGAAACCGUUGCCAAUACUGCCGUUUCCAGAAGUGCAUGGUUGUCGGAAUGGUCAAAGAGGUUGUCCGGACUGCUAAUCUAAAGGGUCGAAGAGGUCGUCUUCCCUCCAAACCUAAAAGUCCCCAAGACGCCUCACCACCCUCGCCGCCUGUCAGUCUCAUAAGUGCCCUUGUUAGGUCCCAUGUCGAUUCCAACCCGUCCAUGUCUGGCUUGGACUAUUCAAGAUUUCAGUCUAACCCUGACUACCAAAUGAGUGGAGACGACACCCAGCACAUCCAGCAGUUCUAUGAUCUCCUGACGGGUUCCAUGGAGAUUAUCCGAGGUUGGGCGGAAAAGAUCCCUGGGUUUUCUGAUCUUCCGAAGCAGGAUCAAGAUCUCCUCUUCGAAUCAGCCUUUCUGGAACUUUUUGUUCUGCGGCUGGCAUACAGGUCCAACCCAGUGGAAGGCAAACUCAUUUUUUGCAACGGGGUGGUCUUGCACAGGCUGCAGUGCGUCCGAGGAUUUGGGGAAUGGAUAGACUCGAUUGUGGAGUUUUCCUCUAACUUGCAGAGCAUGAACAUCGACAUAUCAGCAUUCUCCUGCAUCGCCGCUCUUGCUAUGGUAACAGAGAGGCAUGGGCUUAAGGAACCCAAGAGGGUUGAAGAACUUCAAAACAAGAUAGUGAACUGCCUCAAAGACCAAGUGACAUUCAAUGGCGGAGGCUUGACUCGUCCGAACUACUUGUCAAAACUUUUGGGAAAACUCCCUGAACUUCGCACGCUAUGUACACAAGGUCUGCAGCGUAUCUUCUACUUAAAACUCGAAGACUUGGUUCCUCCGCCAGCAAUAAUUGACAAACUUUUCCUCGACACUCUACCUUUUUAAAUGGACUUUAAAACGGACUUUUAAUGAGACCUCAAAGAACUUCCACAGACUCUGUUUGAGUCAGCCUAACACAUUUUUUUUUAGAUUUUAACUCUGAAUAUUUCCAAGCUCCCUAGUACAAUCCCCUACAUCCUGAUCAAGGAUCCAUGAAAUAGAUACAAAGAAGAGUGAGAAAAAAUUGGCCUCAGAAAACCCACUGAUGUUCGAGUUUUUAUUAGGCCUAAUCCCCAGUAUAGCCAUUCGGGGAAAGUCUCCAAGGCCAAUUCUCGACCAAGUUAAAAAAAACUUUCUUGCAA